CACUUUCGCCCGGCUUGGGGGGCACGGAGGGUGUGCCCGACCAGGUCUUGGAAAACUUCCUCCUUGUCACCUCGGUAGCUCCAGGGCAGGAUCCAGAUGGACCCCCGCCCAGACCCUUGAGGUACCUCUCACGCUUUCCCUUCUUGGCUGUGUGUCAAGUCUCCACCCCCCAGAUUGCCCCUUUCUCCCUAAAACUACUGCACCGGGUGCUCCGCCCGUUGCCCCAAGACCCAGCAGCCGGCCCCGCCCUCGUUGCCUGCCCAGCUCUAGUAGGCCGGCCUGGGCCGGGUGUAUAAAGGAGCGGGCGCUCUGCGAGCAGCCCCCGUGACGCCUUCCACCGCAGCUCCAGGGUGCAGGAGAACCUUGACCAGCCAGGGCCGCCGGCAGCUAGCAGACCAGCAGACCAGCGGAGCCCACGCGCGCCCGAAGUCAUGGCUGCCAGGAAAGCUCUGAUUGUGUUGGCUCACUCAGAAAAAACAUCCUUCAACUAUGCCAUGAAGGAGGCUGCUGUACAAGCUCUGAAGAAGAAAGGAUGGGAUGUGCUUGAGUCAGACCUCUAUGCCAUGAACUUCAAUCCUCUCAUCACCAGAGAGGAUAUCAAAGGUAAACUCAAAGACGCUGGGAACUUCCAGUAUGCUGCCGAGUCUGCUCUAGCUUAUAAGGAAGAUCGUCUGAGCCCAGAUAUUGUGGCUGAACAAAAGAAACUAGAAGCUGCGGACCUGGUGAUUUUUCAGUUCCCACUACAGUGGUUUGGAGUCCCUGCCAUCAUGAAGGGCUGGUUCGAGCGAGUUCUCGUCUCAGGGUUCGCUUACACGUAUGCUGCCAUGUAUGACCAAGGACCUUUUCGGAAUAAGAAGGCAGUGCUUUCCAUCACCACUGGUGGCAGUGGCUCCAUGUACUCUCUGGAGGGAGUCCACGGGGACAUGAAUAUCAUCCUCUGGCCAAUUCAGAGUGGCAUUCUCCAUUUCUGUGGGUUCCAAGUCUUAGAACCUCAACUGACAUACAGCAUUGGGCACGUACCAGCGGAUGCCCGAACUCAGAUCCUGGAAGGAUGGAAGAAACGCCUAGAGAAUAUUUGGAAUGAGCCCUCACUAUACUUUGCUCCAAGUAACUUCUUUGACCUCAACUUCCAGGCAGGAUUCUUAAUGAAAAAAGAAGUAAAGGAAGAGCAGAAAAGCAAGAAAUCUGGCCUCUCUGUGGGUCAUCACUUGGGCAAAUCCAUUCCAACUGACAACCAGAUCAAAGCCAUAAAAUAAGAUUCAUAGAACUUGAUUUCCUAGAAAAACGUAGCCAAAGCUUAGCAUCUUUCUUAGACGUCUUUGAUGUUCCUUCAGAAUUCUUUAAGGUCCUCUACAUAAUUUAAUUUCUUUUGAGAUAAAUUUUUAGGGAUAAGUCUGACUAGACACAGGCCUCCCUGGUGGCGCAGUGGGUUAAGACGCAACCUAUGAUGCUGUCCACAGCCUCUGCAGCACAAGUUCUAGUCUCCGGCCAGCCAGGGAGCAACCCACAUGGCACAGCAGACUGCUCCUGACUCCCCUGCUUCUCCCCUCAGCAGUGUACUUCAGUCAAUCUGCCUGUUCUGUUCCCCACUCUGUCUCUGGUGAAUCCUCUCACCCCCCCACAACUCUGGCCUGUACCCCAGCUCUUGUAUGCAUAAAUAAAUCAUAAUAAAUAAAUCUGACUAGACACCAUCCAACUCUUCAAAGAUCUUUUUUUUUUUUUAAGAUUUAUUUUUAUAUAAGAACCAGGGUACAGGCCAGAUGCGCGGGAGGGUGAGAUGAUUCACCGGAGACAGAGCAGGGAACAGAACAGGCAGACUGAUGAAUACACUGCUGAGGGGAGCAGCAGGCGAGACAGGAGAGGUCUGCUUUGCCAUGCGGGAUUCUUGCCAGCUGGGAUCGAACCCACGCUGCAGAGGCUGUGGACAGCUUCGCAGUGCAGCGCUCAACUGACUGAGCCACCAGGGAGGCCCCUGAUCUAUUUUUCUUUUAAUUACCUCUCUGUGGUUUGUGGCAGAAGGGAAUUGCUCAGAGAAAGAAAUGACUGAAUGUCUUAACUAAGGGACUUGUUUAGUAGUCAUUAUAGUUGUUUGUAAUAUACAUUGGUUUUAAUUACUAUACCCUGACAAAUAUGUAUGUAAUGUUACUUUCUUCAGCUUUUGUUAUUUGUAUAUGGUACAGAUACCUUGAAAUGAAAAGCUAAUAAAAGCUUUUUUACCUCAGUUUUCUAAUUUAAUAUUUGCAGAAAUAAACCAACACAUGUAUAUACGGCAUUUGCUACAGUAGGUGAAUUCAAGAAAGAAAAUAAUACCCCUAAUACUUAAAACAGCAUUCCACCAACAGUACUUUAUUUCUCAUCUAUAUAAACAUCUGGAAACUUUUCUCUGUAUCAUUACUAAACUGACAUCUUUCAAGGAUGCAUUUUGGUUCCAAGACACUUGGGAUAAGAUCAAAUGCCUGGAGUUUCUUUAACUUCAGUGAACAAUUUGGGCAUAAUGUUCUAUCUUCCCACUUAAAUUGCAGAAGUGCAUCUCUACUAACUGUUGGUGUUUGAUGAAAGACCACCCUCUUGUGGUGCACUGAAAGAACAUACAAGUUAUGAUGCAAAGUAAGGUUGCCUGAAAUUGGCAGCAGCCUACUUACUACCUGCCUAUGAUAGCAUCUAGUCGGAGAACCUCACUUGCCACAUACUAACUAGAACUGAGGUUUGCCCCCCUCCCCACUACAAUAUCCACAACAGCAGGUAUCUGGGUGUUUCAGUUUGAAAAUAAUUUUUGCUGCCUUCAUCCUUACUAAUUUUGUGUGAAUAUCUAAAAGAUUCAAAUGAAAUAAUAUCCAUUUCUACAAAACAGAUCCAUACUCAUUAGUUUUAGUGCAGGUGGUGAUAGAGGCAUUCUGGUAAAAAUGGAUUCUACUGAGGAAGCUGUGAUCAGAGGCUUCAGUAAUAAAUUAUGGCUAUAAGCCUAAGAUGACUUAGCUGGAAAACUUAUUCAACAGGGCUGUUUCAUACUAAAUGGUAGUAUUAAAAUACUACUAAAUGGCAGUAUUAAAAUACCUAUUAAAAUACUUUGGACCAGGCCUCCCCGGUGGCACAGCGGUUGAGCGCUGGGUUG